AAGUCUGUCAAAACUUUUAAUGUUUAAUUGUUUGACGAAAGCAGAAAGAAAACAUUAGGACGAAGUUGAUUAGCGAAUUGUUUGUAUGUUGGAUCGAUAACAAGGUGCUAAUGAAUGACCAUUGAAUAAAUGAUGCUUUAAAGUUUUGGGAAAUUCUUAUUUUGAACAAUCAUCGUUGACGUAAAAAUCAUUAGCGGACAAAGCCUAACAUGGCGGAAACAUUAGACCCACUGUCACCAAGCUUAAAUGACUCAAGUAAUUCAUCUGGUAUAAUGAGUAAAUUGAGAUUGACAUUCAGUAGAGGAUCUCCCAAUCCUAGACCCACAGAUGGAUAUGUGGAAUUUGGGGAGUUCAGAUCUCAAGCGCCUGGUGUUAAGAAAGUGGGUACGUUCGCGGGGGUGUUCUGUCCCGUUGUACUGUCAAUGUUCAGUGCGCUUAUUUUUAUACGAAUGGGUUAUUUAAUAGGUAAUGCGGGUCUUCUAGUCACGUUAGCUCAAUUCGGCAUGGCCUACCUGAUAGUCGGUUUUACUGUGAUGUCCAUUUGUGCUAUAUCCACGAAUGGCGCAGUUGAAGGGGGAGGGGUGUAUUUUAUGAUAAGUAGAACGCUGGGCCCGGAGUUCGGUGGUGCGAUUGGGACUUUAUUUUUCUUCGCCAAUGUGGUCUCUAGUGCUCUCUGUAUAUCGGCGUGUACUGAAGCUUUGGUGGAAAAUUUUGGGCCUAAUGGUUACCUAGUAGGCGACAGUCCGGGUCUACCCGACGGUCACUGGUACAGGUUCUUAUACCGCUCUGUGUUAAACACAGUCGGUCUGAGUGUUUCGCUGGCCGGCGCGUCUCUGUUCGCGAGGACAAGCCUGGCCAUAUGGGUCACUAUGGUCGUGUGUCUUGCGAGCGCUUUCUUGAGCUUCUUUAUUACGGCUCCGGCGUUGAUAGAAAAGCCGGACACAAACCAUUUAGUGAACGCAACCAAUUUUACAUACACUGGCUUGAACGUGAAUACGUUUUACGAGAACUUAUAUCCGAGUUACGGUCGAGACUACAGCACAGCUGACGGUGAAAUGGUGGACUUCGCGUCUGUGUUCGGUGUCCUGUUUACUGGUGUGACUGGGGUGAUGGCUGGUGCUAAUAUGAGCGGCGAGCUAAAGAGUCCGUCCCGCAGCAUCCCGCUGGGCACGCUGGCGGCGCUGCUGUUCACGGCGCUGUCGUACGCGGCGCUGACGCUGCUGACGGCGGGCACGUGCUCGCGGGAACUGCUGCGGAACAACUACGUGUACCUGCUGCCGAUCAACGUGUGGCCGCCGUUUAUUGCUGUUGGUAUGUUGAUGGCAACAUUCUCAGCUGGACUGUCGAAUCUGAUUGGUGCUUCCCGAGUGCUCGAGGCUUUAGCCAAAGAUGAUAUAUUCGGUUUUCUUCUCCGUCCAAUGGUGCCACGGUCUGGGAAUCCAGUAAUGGCCGUAUUGAUGUCCUGGUUUUUAGUACAAAUCGGUAUAAUGGCUGGAUCCCUAAAUGCUAUUGCUCAGGUAAAUUCGGUGCUAUUUAUGACAAGUUAUUUUGCUAUAAACCUCGCCUGCCUCGGUUUGGAUCUUGCGUCUGCGCCUAACUUUCGGCCCACGUUCCGGCACUUCUCGUGGCUGUCGGCGCUGCUGGGGCUGGCGGGCUGCGCCGCGCUGGUGUUCUGCCUGCGGCCGGCCUACGCGUGCGGCGUGGCGCUGGCGUGCUGCUCGCUCGUGCUGGCGCUGCACGUGCUGUCGCCCGCCGCCGCCGAGCCCAAGUGGGGCAGCCUCAGCCAGGCGCUCAUCUUCCACCAGGUCCGCAAAUACCUGCUAUUGCUGGACCCCCGCCGCGAGCACGUCAAGUUCUGGAGACCUCAAAUGCUACUCCUUAUUUCGUCGCCGCGACAAGCCGCGCCCCUCAUUGAUUUCGUUAAUGAUCAGAAGAAGGGAGGUCUAUUCGUGAUAGGUCACGUGCGAGUGGGUCAGUUGGACGGCAGCGGGGACCCCCUCGCCGCUGAACACAAGUACUGGCUGAAACUUAUCGAUCAUUUGAGGGUAAAAGCGUUCGUAGAAUUGUGCCUAGCGGAGUCCAUACGCAGCGGGGCGGCGCAAUUGACUCGCCUCGCGGGGCUUGGGGCUAUGAAACCAGACACUGUGCUCUUGGGAUUUAGGGACACCGCCACGCCCAAGGAUUUCUUUAGGGACCCACUGUCACCGUACAAAACGGAGCAGUUCGAUCUGGACAACGGCGAAAUAAUCUUCCCGCAGCGAACGUCCGUAACGAGCCGCAUAUCCGCGUCCGAGUACGUGCGGAUCGUUGCGGACGUGCUGUGCGUCAACAAGAACAUCUGCUUGUGUCGCAACUUUCAUACCUUAGACAUGGCGGCUGUUGAGAGGCGUUCCUCCCGUCUCAAGUACAUAGACGUGUGGGUGGGCGAAGCCCUGCGGCCGUCCCGCGAGGAGGCGUUCAGCGUGCGCGCUCUGUUCGCGCUGCAGCUCGCCGCCGUGGUGCGCUCGGCGCGCGGCUGGCAGCACCUGCGCCUGCGCGUGCACGUGCUCGACGCGCCCGCGCCCGCUCCCGCGCCCCCACCCGCGCCCGCGCGCGACUUGCAGCCAGAGAGCCUUGAGCAAAACCGCCCCCUGCGGGAGCGCCUCGACGAACUUCUCAAAUUGCUUAGGAUUAGCGCAACCAUACACAUUCUAUCCAAUUGGCCAGCAAUAGAAGACUUCGGUCAGUGGUCAGACUCCUAUUACGACAGCGCCAGCGUGUAUGGCCGAGUUCCGUUGACGUAUCUGCAAAAGGUGAAUAGGAUAAUAAAGGAUCGCUGCGACGAGGGCACCGCAGUGACGUUCGUGCAGCUGCCGGAGCCGCCGAAGUUAGCUGCGGACGAUUCGGACGAAACCGUCUGUGAACAGUAUUUACAGGUCUUGGAUGAAUUCACGAAAGAUCUCUCGCCAACUAUAUUAGUACGAGGUCUGAAGUCAGUAACGUCCACAGCACUUUAGGCUAUCAAAUUAUUUAGGAGAUAUCAAACUAAACAUAUCUUUGAUACUGUCUUCGUCGUUUCCGCUACAAUGAUGAGUUUCCAGUUUAGAUCAUAAAGGCCAAGUACGUGUCGGUAGCUAUCACCUUUUAUAAUAUGUAUUUAGUGAUUAUUUGUAAGUUCGUUUGUUUAAUAUACUUAUGAAAAA